GGCAUUAAGACACCAAUGCAAGACGUCGAUGUUUCUCGCAUGCGCCUAAUUUAAUGCCUGAGCUGGUGUCGCGUGUUCUGAGCCGCUAGACUGAAGACUGGCACAAGGGUCUCUGCUACUAGUGCCAGUGGAGAUGAUCGCUUACAGCCGGCGACGCUCACCCCACGAAUUAGCCUGGUCGCCGCUAAAGAAAAAAAAAUCCCCUCCGCAACGACCCUCCGAUCUUCCUCCGCUAAUUAUAACUACAGCCGCAUCUGCGCUCGGCCCCUCUGUCGCGGAAUUCCUUCAACAUCGCAAUUGAUUCAGUCAAGCUGUCAAUCCGUCAAGAUGGCCGAGGAAAAGCCCCUUCCCUUCCAGUACCAAUUCGCCGCAGGCGCAAUUGCCGGCGUCUCGGAGAUUCUGGUCAUGUAUCCUUUGGAUGUCAUCAAGACUCGAAUCCAACUGCAGACCGGCACGGCUGCCGCCAGUAGCGAGGCAUACACCGGUAUGCUGGACUGCUUCCAGAAGAUUGUCAAGACCGAAGGAUUUUCACGUCUCUACCGCGGUAUCUCCGCCCCGAUUCUGAUGGAAGCCCCCAAGCGAGCCACCAAGUUUGCUGCCAACGAUGAAUGGGGCAAGGUCUACCGCAAGAUGUUUGGUGUCGACAAAAUGAACCAGUCAUUGUCCGUCCUCACCGGUGCUACCGCCGGUGCCACCGAAUCCUUUGUUGUCGUUCCCUUCGAACUGGUCAAGAUUCGUCUCCAGGAUAAGGCAUCAGCUGGAAAGUACAACGGCAUGGUUGACUGCGUUGUCAAGACAGUCAAGAACGAGGGUCCCCUCACCCUUUACCAGGGUCUCGAAAGCACAAUGUGGCGACACAUUCUAUGGAACGCUGGCUACUUUGGCUGCAUCUUCCAGGUCCGACAGCUGCUGCCCAAGGCUGAGACCAGCAGGGGCAAGAUGGUCAAUGAUCUGAUCUCCGGUGCCAUCGGUGGAACUAUCGGAACUGUGGUGAACACUCCUUUGGACGUCGUCAAGAGCAGAAUUCAGAACACCCCCAAGAUGCCUGGCCAGAUCCCCAAGUACAACUGGGCAUUCCCUUCCGUCGUGACUGUUUUCAGAGAAGAAGGCUUUGGCGCCUUGUACAAGGGCUUCCUACCCAAGGUUCUCCGUCUGGGCCCAGGAGGUGGUAUUCUCUUGGUCGUUUUCACCACUGUUAUGGAUACUUUCCGCAAGUGGCAAUCAUAAGCCGAAUCAAAAUGCCAAAAGAAAAUAAAAGUAUAGAAUCUGGUUGGACUAGCGGAUAGUCCGCGAUAUCGACUUGUCAUACACUGUCUGGAGGACUUCAUACUCAGCGUUUAGACAAUUUCUAUUGGGUUAGAUAGGUACUGUAUCUACAUUGUACUUUUUUGUUUUUUGUUUUCUAAGACUAUGUUUGCGGAUUGCUUGUGGAGUUUAUUGUCAAAUGGUUCCUAUCCUUUUACUACCAAGGGUAACAGCGAGAACACCAUCAUAAAUAUCUUGAAAGUAUAGACAUGCCAAGUCAAUAUUGUUGUUUGUCCACUUUA